GAACAAAAAGGGACAGGCUGGACUCCUGGUGCAGCCCGGAGGGGGCGGAGGCAGGCAGCCAUGACAGUCUCCUACACGCUGAAGGUGGCCAAUGCCCAGUUCGGGGGCUUCUCCAAGCUGCUCUUCAGGUGGAAGGGGAGCAUCUACAAACUGCUCUACAAGGAGUUCCUUGUCUUUGUCAUGCUGUACGCGAUGCUGAGCAUCACUUACCGGCGGCUGCUGACUGAAGAGCAGAAGCGGGUCUAUGUGAAAGUGGCUCAGUACUGCAACCGCUCCACGGACCUCAUCCCCAUGUCCUUCGUCCUGGGUUUUUACGUCACGCUGAUCGUGAACCGGUGGUGGGCUCAGUACACCAGCAUCCCGCUGCCUGACCAGCUGAUGUGCGUCAUCUCCAGCACCGUCCACGGGAAGGAUGAAAAGGGGAGGAUCCUGCGGCGCUCGCUCAUCCGCUACGCCAACUUAUCCUCCGUGCUCAUCCUGCGCUCUGUCAGCACCAGGGUGCUCAAGAGGUUUCCAACCAUGGACCAUUUGGUAGAAGCAGGCUUCAUGACACAGGAAGAGCGCAAGAAGUUUGAGAGCCUCCAUUCGGACUUUAACAAGUACUGGAUCCCCUGCGUGUGGUUCACCAACCUGGCUGCCCAGGCGAGGCGAGAUGGGCGGGUCAGGGACGACGUGGCCCUCCGCUUACUCAUAGAUGAGCUGAAUCUGUACCGUGCCAAAUGCAGCAUGUUGUUCCACUACGACUGGAUCAGCAUCCCACUGGUGUACACACAGGUAGUCACAAUCGCUGUCUAUUCCUUCUUCGCCUUCUGUGUGAUCGGGCGGCAGUUUCUGGAGCCCCUGGACCCAGAGCAGGAUCAGGACCGGGAUCUGGAUCUGUACGUCCCUCUCACCACCCUCCUGCAGUUCUUCUUCUAUGCCGGCUGGCUGAAGGUCGCAGAACAGAUCAUUAACCCAUUUGGAGAGGACGACGACGACUUUGAAACUAACAAGCUGAUUGACAGGAACUUGCAGGUGUCCCUGCUCUCCGUGGAUGACAUGUACCAGAACCUGCCUCUAACAGGGAAGGACAAAUACUGGAAUGAAUCCACAGCUCAGCCGCCUUACACCAUUGCCACAGCUGCCGAGACCUUGAAGCCCUCCUUCCUGGGAUCCACCUUCGAUAUGCGGAUGAGCGACGACCCGGAGCAGAGCCAGCAGGUGGAGGCCUCCCCCAGCCUGCCCCGCAUGCACACGCCCUUGCUCAACCGCUUCCUGACCGCAGCCGCCUCCCCCGCCGUCAGCCUGAAGAAUUUCGGGAGGAGCAACCGGGCCCACCACCACCUUUUGCGCCUGAGGGGCGAGGGCGGCUUUCCCUCUCCCAACCCCCGCCGCGGCGAGGACCCCGAAUCGGUGGGCCGCAUCGAGGAGGAAGAGACAGAAGAUGAGGCCAGCGAGCCCCCCACACCCGGCACCCGCCUCAAGAUACCCAGCCAGCUGGAAGCCUCACAGGGGCCUCGGAAGGAGAACCCCCAGAUCCGAGUGAGGCAGCCCUCCGACGAGAGCAUCGACAUUGACCAGUCGGCUGCCUAGAGGCAGCAAGCUCAGCGUGCCUCGUCACUCCACUCUCAGUGCGAGCUGCGCCCCCGGCGUCUGCCCUCUAGGCCUGGCAGUUUGUGGGAUAGUGCCGCCAGCUAAGGGCCUGAUCCAAAACCCCCUGAAAUGAAGGGAAAGACUCCCCCUGGCUCAGUGGGCAUUGGAGCAGGUCCCUAGGGCCAGAAGCCAGACUGGAGUGAUGAGCUCAAAUGCAGCAAAGGGUUCGAUAAGGAUCAUGCUCUACAGAAAGCCCCGUCGCCAGUUCCCCAACACAUCCCUCCGGUUGCCACGGCCCAACUGUUAGAUUCAGUGGGUGACAAAGAACCAAACUGAGGGACACAGGAGAAAUAUUCAUACCGGAAACUUAAAAUGCUGCAAGACGCCUCCCAUGAGGGUAAAUAAAUCUCUCCCUAGCCUCAGCUGUGUGAUCCUUUAUUGCAGAUGUCAAUCGUUUUCAACAAUACAAACUCAGGGACAUCAAAUGUGUGUGGCACACAGGGAUCAGUCAGGCUAAAAUAAGACGGGCAAGAGGGAUUCUUGUCUGAAUCAUUCAGUCUUUCAGCUGGAGCCGUCGUUUGACUGACUUGCGCCUCCCUCACGCCUGCCUAGGCAGUUGUUAGGUUUGAGAGGGUAAGGUCAGAAGGGACCACUAUCUAGCAUGAGCACAUGCACCCGCCCACUAGCCUCACAACCAAAACGAGACCAAACGAUUACAGCCCACAGAUCGUAUUACAUGAUAUUUAAAAACAAACUUUUUAACCUGGUUUAAGCGAUUUGGUGUUUUUGUAAUGGGAUGAUGUAGUGAUCAGAACAAGUUCCAUGAAAAUCACACAGUGAUCACGGAUGAGAAAUCAAGCCUUCAAAAUUUGGAAAUGCAAAGUUCAGGAUGAAAAUCCCCCCCUCCCCCGAGCUUAAAAUGAGCUAUUUUUCUAGCAUACAGCAUGGAAUACCCA